CCUGGGAGACUGAACCCAGGGACGGAACACAGCUUUUCACCGUACGUUUUACGUCAUGACGCAGCAUCAGCUGUUGACAGGCUCCCUUCACUCUCGACCUCCGUAGCUCAGUGCAUGCACAUUCACCGGACCUCCGUUGUCAUUGUGGCCGUUUUUGAACGCACAUGCCGUUUGAUGACCGCCCGGUAACGGAGCCUAUGCUGCCAUGAGUGCUUUGUGUCGCCUGAUCCAGAGAGGACUGCUCGGCGGCCGGCCGUCGUGUCGUUUAUUCCCCGGACAGCGGGACGCUCCCCCGGUGCGGACCGCAAGCUCCUCCAGCAGUCCAGUCAGCCUGACCUACGAUGUCUUCGAUGGGAAGGGAGAGAGCACCCCCCUGGUGUUCCUGCACGGCCUCUUUGGCAGCAAAUCUAACUUCCACUCGAUAGCGAAGUCGUUGGUGCAGCGCACAGGUCGAAAGGUGCUGACUGUAGAUGCCCGUAACCACGGCAACAGCCCUCACAGCCCGGUGCUGACCUACGAGGCGAUGGCCGACGACCUGAAGCAUCUCCUCGCCAAGCUGCGCAUCGAGAAGUGCGUCCUCAUCGGCCACAGCAUGGGAGGGAAGACGGCCAUGACCACGGCCCUGACGCAGUCUGGUUUAGUGGAGCGGCUGGUGGUGGUGGACAUCAGCCCGGCUCAGACCAGCACACGCACCAACUUCCGCUACUACAUCCAGGCCAUGCAGGACAUGAAGAUCUCCAGCGACAUCCCUCGCUCCACCGCCAGGAGGAUGGCCGAGGAUCAGCUGCGCUCUUUGGUCAAGGAGCGCUCAGUGCGUCAGUUCCUGCUCACUAACCUGGUGGAGCAGAACGGUCACUACGCCUGGAGGGUGAACCUGGAGGCCAUCUCUGCACACCUCGAGCACAUCAUGAGCUUCCCCACCUUCAACACCACCUUUGAUGGACCCACACUGUUUUUAGGUGGAGCCAGUUCUGCUUAUAUCAGCUCUGAUGAUUACCCAGAGAUCCAGAGGCUGUUCCCGUACGCUGAUAUCCAGUACAUCCCUGACGCCAGCCACUGGAUCCACGCAGACAAACCUCUAGACUUCAUCAGCUCCAUCAGCUCCUUCCUCCAGUCCUAGCUGCUCCGGCCUGCACUCAGAACUCUUUAAAGCUCAGCAGCCCUGACAAACAUGACGGUUAGUGUUCAGCAGCUUCAGCCAGAGCCAGCGGAGCCAGUAAUGAUGCUAAUAUUCGCCAACACUGGACCAAACUCACCCUUUUACAGCAGUCAGUGGUUUUAACAACAUUAGUGUAGUGUCUUUUUCUUUUGUUUAGUCUGUGCCAGACAGGUAGUGCUGCUAGAUUGGCUGGUUUUUAUUGAUUUUAGAGGUAGAAAAUAUAACGGGGCUGUUUUGGAGGUGAUGUACUAAUCCAAAGAAACUCAUUUGCACAGUGCUUACUUUGUUAAAAACAUUUAUGCCAGUAUAAUAUAAAAGUGGCGUUAGCGGCUGUUGAAGUGGACCAGCAGUGAGAUGGUUUGGACAGCACUGGAAUGAAUCAAAUACUGGAAAUCUGAGUGAAAAACGUGCUAAGGAACAGCCUGCACAAGGCAGUUUGGUGUUUUCUAUCCGGAGGGUGGAGCUCUGUAAGGACGCUGCAGACUUUAGGUGUACAGAUGGUUUGUUGUAGAAUCUAAUUUAAUGUUGAUGAUAGUGAUAUAUUACAUAUUUAAAACGUUAUUCCUCACGUCCUCUCCUCUGUGUACCCGCUGUAUGUCAGAGAGACGAGCAUUUACAGGUCAGUGACGCACACGUCACAACUCGAGGUCAUCGAGUGCGCUGGUCAUAUUUUUAUGGCAACAUAAAUCAUGUUUAAAAACCAAGCUGAAACCCUCAAAUGCAGUACUGUCACAAUCACAAUCUGUUUCCUGAAUAUCUCAGGUUACACGAUGAUAUGCUAAUGGUUAAACUCUUCUUAUUCUGCUGUCUGUCUGGCAAUAAGCUGUGGUAAUGUUGUUGUGUCUUUGUAUUUGGACAGUCCGAUCAGUGUUUUGAUGAUUUAUCUUUAUGACUAAGGUGCAAGGCUCUAUGGGUAUCUCACAAAUAUAUGCUGCAGCAAUGUAUCUUGUUACCUAACUGUAAUAGUGUUAAUAUAUUUUCCGUUCCCAUGGGUUUGUAUGGUCCAGUAGUGAAACUGCCAUCUGUAUGAAUAAGCAGGGUGUUGUAAAUGUGUGCCUCUUUUGUCCAGAGCUCCUUCUGUAAAACUUGAUUAAAAAAAACCCAACUUUUAUUCUACAAUAAUAACUAUUAGAUUGGCAGCUGGGUUGCCAGUUCUGACAGAUGAGGGUGUAAUCCCCCUUCGUGGCGCUAGAUGUUUACAGCAAUCAGUGUUUUAUGUUUGUUUGAUGUGAAAUGCAGAAGUCUAAAAAGGCUUUAAACUAUCAGAAUUUAGUUUUUGUUCUUUUUCUAAAGCUCUGUUUAGUGGAGAAGCACGCCCUCGUCCUCUUCAACCACAGGACACAUUAGUCCUGGAGCACAAGAUGAAUAGAUUGUUGGGGGGAGGAGGAGGAGGGUGUCCCUGACAUUUGAAUGCAAGCCCUUCUUCAGCUUGUGUAGUGUUGCAGCGGGACAGGAGGAGGGGAACUCUGUGUCACAGGGCUGCACCCAAUAGUUCCAAGCUUCAUUUUAAUGUUUGAAUAUGAAAUAAAGACGGGCCUCAGAAGUAAAUUACUUAGUCAAAAGCAACUUUAUUUGAACAGAAGUGAACUGGAGGCAAAUAUUCUGCAAUUAAAUUAGCAUUUGUUUGGCUGCAGCCUGACAAGUGAAGUAGAUAACGCCAUCUGCUGUUUAAAAAGAGAAUCGCGAUUCAUUUUUAAUUUCAGCGAUUUGUAUCAUGCAUGAACUGGCUCUAUCCCAAUGUCAAGGAUCCUUCCUUGGUAGGAUCCUUCCUUCAGAGUCUGGUCCUCCAGAGACGAGGCCAGAGUCCUUCCUUUCACUGUAAUAACGCACAAAUGAAACAGCCUUCAGAGUGUGUAGCUGUGCGUCAUUGCGUAAUUGGACGUCCUGCUUAUAUUCAGCACUGCAGUUUCAAAACCAGUUCAGACAUGGAUGUGGUUUUGGCAUCAGCACUCUGACAUAUAAUUGUGGAACUUUAAGAAGAUGCUUUAAGGUUGAAUCUCUACGAUUUACCAAGUAAAAGCCACAAAGUGGAUCAAACCUGAAUAUUUCACUGAUCCUGGCUGAAUUUGGCCGCUACUUAGUUUCAUAACAGCAGCGGAGCAUAAAUAUCAUGGAGAUGUUCUGUGAUUUUUUUUUUAAUUUUUAAUUUUACAGUACAGUACAAUAACAGUUAUUUAUAAAUAACAAUAAAGGAUAAUAGCCGACUGUCGGUCUGUUAAUACAAUAAACAAAUGUAUAACUUUCUGAAUGGCAUAGCUACAUAUACUUUACACAUAGUACAUCAUCGUCUGAUUCAUAUCAAUUAAUUAACAAUAACUUUAGCGACUGAGACGGCAUUAAUUAACUUAACUGGCAACGUACCAAGAUUACGUUUAUCAUCUUUUAGCUAAAUAUUCUGUCAUUUGUAUGUUUUUGCUUGACUUUGAACACAAGUUUUGUAAGUGAUGUGAUAAGAAAUAUUUAGUGUAAACUGAAAAUACUUAUAUUAUAUCUAUAAAUACUUAUAUAUAUUUAAAUGCAUAUUAUGCCGCCGGCGUCGCAGUUUCUUCGCUUGCCACUUUUAAAUCUUCUGGUAGACCAGUGUGCGCAACACACAUGCAUCCUUGGAAUUUGGGCAGAAGAAGGACUCUGUCCUCUGGAGGAUCCUGGACUUUGGGACAGUCCUUCAGCGGGUGUUGAUGACGUAGUAUCCUUCAAAUUCAGCCGUUUGGGGAUCCUUCCUUGACUUUGGGAUACAGCGACUGUCUCCUACCUGUAUUAACAGACCAGCAAUCUAACAGCACCGUAAAUUACAUUCAUAUAACCAAAAUAACAGUAAUCCGAUGAAUCACUUUAAAACAUGACAACAGAUAAUGAAGCUUCAGAUAUAAUAUAAUAUAAUAAAGCCAUUGGGUGUGGCUCUGGUGUAGAGGUGAACAGCUGUUUGAAGACAUUGAUCAUGUUAAAGAUUGUAUAUUGUUUCACUAUGAGCAUGCCUUCUCUCUCGUCAUCAGGUGUAACUUUUCCGUGCUUAUAUACGUCUGUUUGUUCAACAUGCUGCCUACAGGUGGCGCUCAUUCUAAAUAACUGCAUAUAUACAUUUUAAAUUUGGGCAACAAGCAUAUGAGUGGAUUAUAUAUUAUUGAAAAUGUACAAACUGAUAUUAUUAUACAAUAAAAUGUUAAAUCUAA